AUGACUAUAGCCCCACUCCUCGGCAAGAAGGCACUCUUCGGCGACUAUCGGACAUGGAUAGCGAUCCUAUGUGCCGCCUUUGCAAUCGCCUCAAAUGUUGGCAUCCUCUUCGUUUAUCGUAGGACAUUGCGGUUUGGGAUAAGCAUUACGAAAGGCAGAUGGCGGUAUAUUGACGAUGGAGAUGCAAUCGCCAUACUCGGUUUGUGGUCACACGCUCUCCAGGCGAUCACUAUACUGGUAGGAGGAUGGGCAUUGGCACAACUUUGGAGUAGGCGACUUUACAGUGGACUUGGUGCAAGUCUUGCUGCGCUUCAGUCGUUGGACCUCUUUGCUUCCCUUGCCUCAUUGCUGACGGCUUGGCUCUACCUAUUCCAGAAACGCUAUGCUUCUAGGUCAGCUCUAUGGCUGUACAUCCCCCUCCUUCUUUGUGCAUCCCUUUUACAGUACUAUCCUACCGCCGUCCUGAUCCUGGUCGCGCCAAAUUUCCACGAGGUCACGGACGUUGAAAAGAUUCAUGCCCAGACAGAACCUUUCAUGUCUGAUCCAGCCAAUGGGACUCCAUGCGUGAACCUCACAGACGACCGUUUGGACGUGUGUCUAGGCAGCUGGUAUUUGGGAGACGCAGUGCAGGAUGUUCUCAUUUACAGCACGUAUAUACCGCAGUCGGAUACGUUCGAUGGAGAAGAACUUCCACGGGGCAGGCGACCUAUGUGGGGUCUGACGGGCGCAGACAACUUCUCGGCGGUCUUUCUGACUUGCCUAAACACGGCUGUCCUCGACGGCGUUCUGCAGUCACACGAUUUUAGUCAUUCCAUCUCUUAUGCUGCAAGUAUUCCUGCUAUCGUUCCAACACUCGUUUCCCAAUGCGUUCAGCUUCCACAAUCGUCGAAUAUUUCUGAGAUGACCAUCGGCGAUGCAUCCUAUCGAGUGCCCGCUACGAUUCCUCUGUUGAUGAAUGGCUACGCUGCGGGUCAGGUCACGACGAACAAUAUGUCUCUUAUCCUCACAUUUCCUUCCCUCAUCCCGUCGGCCAACGUUCACUGUGCCGUCAAUCUCAGCCUCUCAGAUGGUCGUGGGAGCAGUAUGGUUGUCGACUUUCAAAUAAACCAAACUAGUUCAAGGCUGGACUACUUAGGUCAAGACGAUGAUAUCGUGAACCAAGACGGCAAACUUACUAUUUCCCGCUGGGAACCCAUUGCCGCCUUUGCCCGUAUCUGGCUGUUAGGAAUGGGUUGGAGUGAAGAGCCUGUCCAGAAUGCGAUGUCGUUGUAUAUCAGCGAUCUUGGUCUUUCGGUGGGAUCGAGACCUCAUUUCACUAAUCGCAACACUGCCGUAGGCCAUACAUUUGAAGCUUACUCAAUCAUAAUGAUGGCAGAUGGCGUCAGUGAAGGCUUUCCUCCGUGGCAGAAUAAUAGUGAAUCCACUGGACGCCUCCAGUCCUACUCAAUACAGAGGACGGUGCUUUACUUGGGAGCCCGCACAGCGACAAGAUAUAUUGCAUGUGGGGUCCUUGCGUUGGACACCCUUUUCCUGCUGUGGUGUUUGUGGAUCAUUUUGAGCGGAGGUGGAUGGUAUCCCGACUGGAGCAGCCCUGCUGCUCUCGCUUGCACUGCAAUCUGCUCAAACCCUAUUGCUGGAUAUGAAGGGAGUACGAAGGGGGACAUAGACUCUGUUGCCUGGAAAAUCUGGCUUCAGCUGGAUCCUAAUAGCAACGAAGAUGUUAUUCGCUUCAUCCCGAAGGAUACUAGGAACGUGGAGCAAACGGCGCAAGGAUCUGGGUAGAGAGUCUGAUUAUUGGAGACAGCGAGGUUCACACCCGGAGAACUUAUGUUCAUUCAUGUCGCAUCUUCCGAGUGUGUGGAGUGUGGCGAGGGCGAUGUAUAUUUUUGUUAGAGAGCCGUAACGUCUGUUCAUCAAUGUUAAUGAACAAAAUCCUAGUUCAAUAUGUAUACGUCCAGAUCAUCUAUCUAUACCAGUAGUCGCACAUAUGAGCAUAGUUUAAACUUUAAGCACAAUCGUUCUCCGAAAGCGUGGUAGUACUAUGAUGUAGAUACCUAACGCCAAGAUCGAUCGAGAUGGACAGAAAUCAAAGGGCUAGUAAGUACUAGUAGUACAUGCGCGUGCUGACGCACGAAGGUUCUCGUCUGCUGUAUCUUCUCUAUGCAGGCCAAUCACUGGUUUAUUGAGACGAGAAUAGACGACCAGUAAAUAG